CAACCGCCGGCUUAGUCCCUGCCUUUGUCGAACGUCCCGUGUCUGUCUCUCUCUUUCUGCGUGCUCUCCCGGUGCUGUCUUCUGUAAGCUGUCUUCAACUUCACAUGCCGAGCUAGGCGGGAUGCAGUACGUCAGGAGUAUCAGCGGUUCGGUAUCUAAGACAUGGAAUUCUAUCAAUCCGGCCACCCUCAGCGGUGCCAUCGACGUUAUAGUCAUUGAGCAAGAAGACGGUCAGUUCCCUUCAGGCCCGGGUGAUAUGUUGAUGCAUGCAGUUGCUGACCGUCCCAAUCCCAGGAACACUCGCAUGCUCGCCGUUCCAUGUCCGUUUCGGCAAAUUCUCCCUCCUCCGGCCCUACGAGAAGAAGGUCGAGUUCAGCGUCAAUGGGGUCAAGCAAGAUUAUGCCAUGAAGCUCGGGGAAGGCGGGGAAGCCUUUUUCGUAUUUGAAACUACCGGUGACGUCCCGGAAGACCUGCAAACUUCACCUGUUAUAUCUCCCGCUGCUAGCCCGCAGCAGUCGCCAAAUGAGCCAAAUAACAGCAGUACCCUCAAUUUACAAGAACCCGAAUACCUUGACCUUACCUCAAAGUCGCCUACCCCUCCAAAACAGGCCCGCGCAACAACUGAACCCCUCUUGGAUGGCGAAACUGAACGUUCCUCCCCUGUCUCGAAGAAUGUACGUGAACCAGGCCAUAAGCUAGACAGAUCUCGGUCAGAUGACCUGCUGGAAGCUGGCCGUACAAAUGGCCCGAGUGCAAACAGUUCACCGCAGACGACACGGUCCCAGAGCCCGCCCCCGAUUUCCCGUCAAGAGGCCUACUCCAGGGCUAUUUCACUAUCCAAAAAGCUAUCGGGGUCGAAUAUUCCUUCCAAGGUGACUGAGAGUGGCGAUCUGAUGCUUGAUAUGACUGGAUACAAAAGUAGCGAGGACGAGGCCCUGAGAGCAGAGGUGGUUGCUCGUAAGAUCCUAGCCGAAGAGCUAGAGGGAAACUAUGAUAUUGGUGCCUUGAUUGGGGCUGACGAGCAUGGCAAUCUAUGGAUCUACAGUAGCGAAGAGGCCAAGGAGGCGGCCGGUCGUAAGGCUUCCUAUAGCGCCCUACAACACCAUAACGGUAUGGCAGACGAUGCCGUAUCAGACCCAGGAUACCAAAGCGAUAGCGAUCAGCUGGACUACAACAACCACCCGCAGAAACAUCACCGCUCUCAGUCAGACGCACAGUUGGGAUAUCCUACCCCGCCGCAAACCCCGACAGACAAACAGCCGGAAGGCGGUCGUAGUUAUGCGAAGACCUUGCGUUUAACGAGCGAUCAGCUUAAGGCGCUCAACCUUAAGCCCGGUGCAAACCCGAUAUCCUUCAGUGUCAACAAAGCCGUUUGCCCUGCAACCAUGUACCUAUGGAGCUACAAGGUUCCUAUUGUCAUCUCCGAUAUUGACGGAACCAUAACCAAGUCUGAUGCUCUUGGGCAUGUUCUGAAUAUGAUCGGGCGAGACUGGACUCACCUUGGCGUUGCAAAGCUCUACACUGACAUUGCAAGCAAUGGUUACAAUAUCAUGUACCUAACAAGUAGAUCUACCGGCCAAGCGGACACCACCCGAGCAUAUCUCAAAGGGAUUUUGCAGGAUGGAUAUAAAAUCCCCCAGGGUCCAGUGAUCAUGAGCCCUGACCGAACAAUCGCCGCACUACGGCGUGAGAUAUACCUCCGCAAACCGGAAGUAUUCAAAAUGGCCUGCCUUCGCGAUAUCCUUAGUCUUUUCGAAGGACGCCAGAACCCGUUCUAUGCUGGCUUUGGUAACCGUCUUACUGAUGCACUCAGUUAUCGAUCUGUCAAUAUCCCUUCAACCAGGAUAUUCACCAUCAACUCAAACGCAGAAGUCUCGCUUGAUCUUCUCAGUUUAACCAAGUAUAAGAGCAGCUACGUGACAAUGAGGGAGCUGGUCGACCACUUCUUCCCACCAGUCAGCACACUUGUGCAGGAAGGUGGCGAGGACUUUACUGAUUUUACAUAUUGGAGGGACCAACCGAGGGAGCUGGAUGAGUUUUCACUUACAGACACCGACGUCGGCUCAGAUCGGGCUGACGAUGAAGAUGAAUACGAUGUCGAUCACCACAGUAGCAUCCGUGAGACCUAUAUAUCUCGCGACUCUAUAGAGAUUUCUGGCGAUAUGAAUGAUUCUAUACAUGAUUCCGUGUACGAGGACAUGGACGACAUUUCUGAAGAAGACGAAUACGAUGAAGAAGACGAGCGGCGGAUGUCUGAUGAGGUUCCUGCAUGGUCGAACGAGGAAGAUACUGAUGAUUCCGGGGUACCCAAGCCUCCCGCACGCACUCCCAGAAGUCUUCCAGUUCGCUAGAGAAAUCGCAUUGCUACAUUAAGCUAUCGGGGAGAUGGCUGUGUAUUUUUUUUUUUUUUUUUUGGACUAUGACUGGCUGGCGUUUCAGUCCCGGAGUUUCGCUUUUCUUUCUGUUUCUCUAUAUCCUUCCCCAUUCUUCUGAGCGGCUCGAUAUAGAUGGCACUUUAUACCCCCUUUUCGGAGGUCUACCCGGGACUCAGCUCCCUGGCUUCAUUGCUUGAGCAUCUGGUGCAUUCAUAAGCGGGAUUUGUUUCUUUUCUUUCUUUUAUGGAGUGUUUCCCCCAUUUACUCACUCCUGUCUUGAUAUUUGUUUGCUGCUUUUGCCGUAAGCCAGCGAGCGUGCUGAGCCUGAUGUUAGUUCGGUGUUAACUCUAAUAGAAAUGUUUAAUUCGCCGACUUCCUGUCUAUAUUCAUAGGUUCCCCUUCCCCCUGAAACAGUAUUGCCUAGUUGUAAAUACUCUAUCCAUCCGCUCAACAAUAAAAUUAGGAAUUCCUAUUUUCCUAGGGAUAUCUCAGGCAGAACGACGGCAUGAUGGAAGUUUUCAGGCGUUGGCUUCAUCGACGUCCGGCAACCUUAAACUGUGUUUCACGUGACAUGAUCCGCGCGCGACUUCAAUAUCGCAAAGAAACAACCAAGGUUGCGAGUGACAACAUCUUCAUCCGCCU